UACUGACAACCAUUUUCCCAUGGUAUUUUCUCCUCUAGGAUGUCCACUGAACAGGAGAACACAGAGAUGCAUCUCAUUGAAUGUAUGUUAAAGCACUUCAAGACACAGAAAGUGGCCAUUUCUAAUGCGAUAAGAAGUACAUUUCCUUUUCUUGAGAGCCUCCGAGACCGUGAAUUCAUCACUGGUAAAAUGUAUGAAGAUUUGCUAGAUUCCUGUAGAUCGCUGGUCCCUGUGGACAAAGUGAUCUACAGAGCCCUGGAGGAACUGGAGAAGAAAUUUGACAUGACGGUACUGUGCGAAUUGUUCAAUGAGGUCAACAUGGAGAAGUACCCCAAUUUGAAUCUCAUUCGUAGAAGCUUUGAAUGUGGUAUUGGGUUUUAUAUCGCUCCUUGAGAGCACAGUCCUUUUUGUUGUCAACAAAUGUAUAUUAAGCUUUUAUCAUGUGCCAUAUAUC